CAGACCACAACCCUGAUUUAAUAGCCUCUAUUGUUGUACUUUGUGUCCAGUCCAAACGUGUUACUCCCUGGGCUCUUAGGAAUAAACAGAUACUGGUAGUGGCAGUACUGGUGGAGCUUAACUGCAGUCAGGACCUGAAAAUGUUUGUCACCAUCCUGUUUGGAGACAGCAGGAUGGAAAUGUUCAAUCUCAACUGUAAACUGAUAAACUUCAUCCAUCAUUUAAAGGAGAAGUCUGGACUGGACUUUAAAGACUGUGUGGACCUGAUGGACAGCAGUGGCAGAGUGAUGAACCUGGAGGGGAAGCAACAAAGCUUGGUUCUGACCAGCAGCGUGCUGGCAGAGAGACAGUACUACGUCCUCCUGCGAGUAUGCCAUGAUGACACUGGAGGCCGGAAAUAUGUGUCUCUCCUAAAUAACUUCAGCCAGAGUCAUCCUGAGUUAACAGAGCUGCUGAGGAAGUUGUCCAACCCUGACAAGGAGCGAGACAGACAGAUGAGAAGAAGACGGACACAGAGGAGCAGUCCUGCCAAACAAACCAGAAGCACAAACACCUCUGCAAAUGACAAGAAACACCAAAUGAGAUAGUUUCUAUAUGAGUCAUGACAGACUUUUAGACGACCACCCACGUAGAGCCGAAGGGUCUGUCCUAGGUUUCUGCCUCUUAAAAGGACGUUUUUCCUUGCCCCCGUCGCCAAGUGCUUGCUCAUGGUGGUACUGUUGGGUCUCUGUAAAUAAUGUUAUAAAGAGUUCGGUCUAGACCUGCUCUAUUUGAAAAGUGUCCUGAGAUAACUUCUGUUAUGAAAUGG